AUGUCCUCGGCUAUGCAACAGCGCAAGGCCGAGAUCCUUGCCAAGAGAGCCAAACUCGCCGAACUGAAGCGGCAGAGAGAGCUGCGGCAGAAGGAAUUCUCGCAAACCCGAGCUAACACCGGCGAUGCUUCUGAGGUUGUCUCCCCUGCCCCCAGCCGCGCAGAUAGUCGAGCUGAGCUCGAUGAUCUUAUCUCACGUUUGGUUGACCGCCCGGGGUCGGCUUCCAUCAGCCACGGGGCCGAUGGCCUGUCACGGAAAGGAAGCAGGCCUAAUUCAGUCCUGAGCGCUAGCCAACUCAGUGGCGACAACACGGAAGCAUUCAGUCCGACUACGCGACCACUUUCACAGUCAAUUGCUGUUCAAACAGUCGGCACGGAGCCGUUUGUCGCGGCUCCUGAACCACAGCCCGCCCCUGAGCCCAAACCCGAAGUUGUCACAUAUAGUAAAGGAGUCCAGACGGACGACUUGAAACCAUCAGGCGCCACAGACUCAGACGAUGAAGAGAACAAUGGCAGCAAGAGAGAUAGCGAACGCGACGAAGAGAUCCGGAGGAAGCUCCGCAAAGAGAUCGAGGAGGAGCUGCAGGCCACUCAACAGCAUGCUGACAAUGAGGCCAGCGCCGAGGCCUUAAAUAUGCGUUACCCGCUCCGUACAUUAGAUGAUGACGAGUUAAAGGCUGUCACGUCAUCUGAGGACUUUCUGGAUUUCGUUGAACGAUCAGCUAAAGUCAUUGAACGGGCACUGGACGAGGAAUAUGACGUGCUAGCAGACUACGAGCUUGGAGGCGUGGAUGGUGAACUAGAAGAUGACGAUGAACAUGGACGGAAGCGGCGCGGAAUUAGGGAGGUCUGCCAGUUCUGGGACGAGCGAUGGAGCAAGAAGCGUAUGAUUAGUGAUCUUAGCUUUUCGCCGAAGUUCCCCGAACUUGUUCUGGCUGCAUACACCAAGAACCCUUCUGCCCCUCAUGAACCCGAUGGUCUCGUCCAGAUCUGGAACCAACACCUUCACUCCCGACCGGAGUAUGUCUUUCAUUCUACCUCUGACAUCUUGGCCGCCAAAUUCUCUCCAUUCCACCCUAAUCUCAUUGUUGGCGGUUCGUACUCGGGGCAGGUACUGCUUUGGGAUACUCGGUCGUCGCGCGCAGGCGGUGGCGCUCCCGUUCAGAAGACGCCGUUGACUGGCUCUGGGCAUACUCACCCGGUCUACAGUAUUUCCAUCAUUGGAACGCAGAAUGCCCAUAACAUUUUGACCGCAUCAACAGAUGGUGUAGUCUGUGGUUGGACGGUCGACAUGCUUUCCCAGCCUCAGGAAUACCUCGAACUAUCGACUCCCCCACCCUCGAAAACAGAAGAUCUUGCACCCACGACCAUGUCAUUCCCGCAGUCCGACCCCACGUUCUUCAUCGUUGGUACUGAGGAAGGAGGGAUCUACCCAUGCCAUCGUUACGAUAGAGCCGGUGCCAAAGCUGGUACCGACCAUCGCCUCGUGUAUCGCGGUCAUAAAGCCCCGAUCAUGUCCACUGCAUUCCAUCCCGCUCGCGGUCCAGUUGAUCUGGGCGAUCUCAUGCUUAGCUCUAGUCUGGAUUGGAGCGUGAGGCUCUGGCGCAUUCGUCCGCCGGCCACGACUGCCCCUGCAACCUCUGCUAUAGCCACAACUCAAGUCGUGGAACCUAUUCUUGACAUUAAUCGGGAGGAUGUCGUGUAUGAUGCACGAUGGUCCCCUCAUCGCCCCGGUGUCUUCUCUCUCGUCGAUGGUGCUGGAAACCUCGAAGUCUGGGAUCUCUACACGGACACCGAAGUCCCCGUCGUGAAGACGACACCGUCCAAGGGCCGUGGAGGCAUACUGACGAGAAGUCUUAACAAGGUAGCCUGGGAAGAGCGCGAGGGCAGGCGCAUUGCAACGGGUGGGCUCGACGGUGUGGUUACUGUCUUCGAAGUCGGAAAGGGUCUCAGCGGUACUCCGGAAGACGUGCCUGCCGAUGAAUGGGCGGGCAUGAAGAAACUCGUUGGAAAGUUGGAACAGCAGGACCGGAACAACUAA